AUGGCGCAAUUUUACAAUCCAACUGCUCAACAGCACUAUCCCGCCGCCCAUGUGGGUUCCUAUGCCCACAACCCUGCACACUACGGAGGCCGCCAGCGACGAAAGACCCCAGGCGCCGCACAGCACCAGAAGCAAUUCCGUCAGGCCCGCCCCGUGAGGGAGGCCGUGGAUUCGGCUGCUCUCAAGGCUUUUAUUCGUGAUUUUGAAGCCGCUCGCGGCUUCGACGUCGAGGAUGACGAGCAGUUUUGUCCCUUCCAUCUCCUCACCGAGGACGAUCUGCAGUCCAUUCACUCUGGAUCCGAUCGAUCUUCCCUUUCCAGCGGUUCCCCUGAGCAGUCACCCCUGCAGCAUCAACUCCAACCCACCCCUACCUUCGUUCUUUCGUCCGUGCCGAAUCCCUAUGUCCCUUCUGGUUACCAGCAAGCCGCCACGCAGACCGGUAAACAGCGCAGCUCUCGUGCCGUGCCCAUCAUGGAUCCCAACACCCGGGAUGUUGUCAGCCCUCGCACCAGCCCCCGGGGCUCCCACGCUGUCCCCAUCAUGGAUCCGAGCACAAGGGGCGUCGUGAGCCCAUCAUCAUCCGCCUCUCCCACCCCUCACCGUCAAAUGCAGCAACAGUUCGUCUCCCGCCGCUGGUAA